UUUACAAUUCGGUGGUAAAUUGUUCAAUUUAACUGGCUCGGAAUAUAUUUUGAAAGCUCAAAAUCAAUGUAUUUCUGGAUUUAUGGGUCUUGAUAUUCCUGAACCACUUGGACCUAUUUGGAUCAUCGGUGAUGUUUUCCUCCGUAAAUACUAUACAGUUUAUGAUCUUGGCAAUGAUAGG